GCAGACAGUGGCAGGUUCGUUCGUCUGCAGUAGACAGCAGCGACCGACGGCCUCAUGCCUCCGCCGGUGGCGGCGACUUGAUGGUAUAGUGCUACCUCCGUUGGUGCCCGGUGGUGGCGGCCGGCGGCUGAUAUUCUGCGAACCCAGUAAAACUAACUGCUUCUCAAGAUGGGUAUACCUGCGUUUUAUCGAUGGCUGCUCGAACGAUACCCUCGUUCCGUUGAGCCGGCAGUGGAAGAAACUCCGGCUACGGUCAAUGGCGUUACCGUCCCAAUUGACACUACCGGACCAAAUCCUAACGGUUAUGAAUUUGAUAACUUGUAUCUCGAUAUGAAUGGGAUUGUACACCCUUGUUUUCAUCCUGAAGGCUUGCCUCCUCCGAAGACCUACGAUGAUGUGUUCAUGGCGGUAUUCAAGUAUCUUGAUAGAAUCUUUUCAAUCAUUAGGCCCCGGAAGCUUUUAUUCAUGGCGAUUGAUGGAGUUGCACCGCGUGCUAAAAUGAAUCAACAGCGAGCAAGGCGUUUUAGAGCUGCUAAAGAUGCAGCUGAUGCAGCUGAUGCAGCUUCUGGAAUAGAGAAUCUGAGAGGGAUACAUGAAUCAAAAGGGGCAGAUUCAUCAGAUACUAAAAGACUAGAUUCUAAUGUAAUCACUCCUGGAACUGAAUUCAUGGCUAUGCUGUCAUCUGCACUACAAUACUAUGUACAGACCAGAAUGAAUGAGGACCCAGGCUGGAAAGGAAUCAAGGUUAUUCUCUCUGAUGCUAGUGUACCUGGUGAAGGAGAGCACAAGAUUGUUUCUUACAUCCGCUUGCAAAGGAAUCUUCAUGGUUUUGAUCCUAACACACGGCAUUGCUUGUAUGGAUUGGAUGCAGAUCUGAUUAUGCUUGCACUUGCCACCCACGAAGUUCACUUCACGGUUCUAAGAGAAGAUGUUCGCAAAGCACACUCCAAGGAUAGAGGUCCAAAACAUUUGAAACAUGUCCAAGUUGCAGAGUGUGGCAAGGAGUUAGAAAAUUUUAUAUCACAACAGAAGUUUCAGCUUCUCAGAAUAUGGGUUCUCAGGGACUAUCUAGCUUAUGAUUUACAAAUACCAGAUUCAGCAGUUAAAAUAGACCUGGAACGACUGAUAGAUGAUUUCGUUUUUAUGUGUUUAUUUGUUGGAAAUGAUUUUUUACCACACAUGCCUUCAUUGGAGAUAUCAGAGGGGGCCAUUGACUUGCUCAUGAAUGUCUACAAGAAGGAAUUUGUCCAAAUGGGUGGUUACCUUACUAAUUCAUUUGAGGUUAAUUUGAAAAGGGUGGAGCAUUUCAUACAAGCUGUUGGUUCAUGUGAAAAUAGGAUCUUUAAAAAGCGCAUACAGGCAAGAAAAGAAUGGGAGAGGCCAAUGAGACAUCAUUCAACUAAAUCAGGUCCUAAAGGGAAUCAAACUAAAAGCCAUGCAAAUUUCAAGACUGCUUUGGAAGAUGACAAGGUUAAAUUAGGGGAAGAGGGCUGGAAAGACAGAUAUUAUGCAGAAAAAUUUGGGGUUGAAUCUGUUGAAGACUGUGAUAGGGUUCGUAGGGAUACGGUUUUGAAAUAUGCUGAAGGGAUAUGUUGGGUGAUGCAUUAUUACUACCAAGGAGUCUGCUCCUGGCAAUGGUUUUAUCCUUAUCACUAUGCUCCGUUUGCAUCUGAUUUUCAUGGUUUUGAUCAAUUAGAAAUAACUUUCACACUAGGCAAGCCCUUCAAGCCUUUUGAUCAGUUGAUGGGUGUCCUUCCAGCUGCAAGUGCACAAGCACUCCCUCUUUCGUACAGGGAGUUGAUGACAGAUCCACUAUCCCCCAUUUUGGACUUCUAUCCUCCUGAUUUUGAGCUUGACAUCAAUGGAAAAAGGCAUUCAUGGCAGGCUGUGUGUAAGUUACCAUUUAUUGAGGAAUUCCGUCUUCUCUCAGAGAUAGGAAAAGUUGAGAAUACAUUGACGGAUGAAGAAAAGAAGAGAAACAGCCUUGGACUUGAUAUGCUAUUUAUUCAUGGAUCACAUCCUUUAGGUGGAAAGAUCUUUUCAUUCUGUGAACGGAAUAAAGAUAAUCCAAAGCUGACACAGACAAAAGUGAAGCGGAAAAUCAACCCAAAAUUCAGCCAUGGAAUGAAUGGGUACAUGUAUAUUUCUGAUAAACCCGUGUGUCCUAUAGAGAUACCUUCACCAAUUGAUGGCAUGGAUAUGAUAAGAGACAACAAAGUAAUAUGUGUAUUUUAUAAAGUCCCUUCUUUUCAUCCUCAUAUUACCAGACUGCCUGAAGGAGUAAUAUUGCCUGGAAAGGCUAUCAAAAAGCAUGACAUCAAGCCACCUCCAAUGCUGUGGCAUGAGAAGACUGCCAUCACCACAGGGAGAGUCACCGUAAGGCCUAUGCCUCCCAAGUCUAUAUCGGGAUCUUGUUUGGCGAGGCUAGCUCAUCGGCUUGUUUCGGAAAAUCUUAUUGUGCCGCGACAAGGAAACGGGGUUAACAUGGCAUUGCAAGCACCUUUGUCAAACCCGACAUGUCCUGACGAUGAAAACCUUGACGAAUGCAGGAAGAGGAAGCGUAAGGCUGAAAAAAGAAAGGCUCAGCAUGAACGCAAGAGACAGAGACUUAAACAACUGGAGGAUGCCAUUGCUGACCCUUCACAAAAGAGUUCCAUUGGACCGGCAGUGUAUGCUUGCAAUAACGCUCCCGAGCAAUGUACAAUGAUUUUAGGAAAUAUCUCUGGGGAUAUAUCAACCUGCGCGUAAUCACGAGUGCCUGGCAUAACAAAACACCAGAGCACUUGUUUGCAGGUAUUCAAAUUCUGGAUGGUUCAAUUACUUCUUGCUAUUGCUGCAUUUGAGGUGUUGUAUGUUUUAGUAUUGUGUAGUUGUAGUUGCUGGCCGUUGCUUCAAUUUUGUUCUAUUCACCCCUUGAGAACACCCAUACCGGUACUGGAAACAUAAAAUUUUCUACUGAGUAACAUUCCUGAAUGUACGAGUUUGAGUUUGAUAUAUAUUGUUGGGUAAUCUUAGAAUCUAAGAUUUGGUCAAGGUCAAACCCAUAUAUGGUUAA